AUGUCCUCAAAAGAAAAACCAUCGAAAAAACCUUUACUACGAGCUGGUUCAUCUCGCCAUCAGGUAACCAUACCCAAUCAACCCGAAGUGGACUCCCUAGCAAAAAUUCGUGCAUCUCGCUAUGGACGUUCAUCCCGAUAUUCGCGACACUCAAAAUUUCUUGUCAAAACCGAUGAAGAACAAUUUCAAAUUCGGAAAGCUCUCAAUGCCUAUGUACGUGAAGGAUUGCAGCUUCAGGGACGUAAAACAUUUUUCCAACGAGUAUUUGUAUUGGCGAGGAAUUUUGAACCUCCUGAAAAUGAUAAACCAAAUGGCAAGGAGUCGGUAUAUUCAGCGGCAAAGGGAGCUAGGCAGCGUGAUUUCCGGGUAUUCUUUCAAAAACAAAUGGAUCGAAUUUUUACCAUGUUGGAGAAGAGGAAAUGUACGCAGGAUAUUUUGUCGGGUUUGUUUGUGUGUAUGGAUUCGUAUUCGUAUUUGAUGAUUGAGGGCGACGAGGAUAUGUUGGGAGAGUUGUUCUAUGAACUGGCUGCCAUACAUGAUAGUUUGUGGACGGAAUCGAAAGUCUUUAUGGUGGAGGAUAAUAUUGGAGAGACCUAUUUCAGCAUAUUUCAUUGCCGCCGUUCGGCUGUGAUAAAUAUCAAUGAGAAAUUUCCACCUGCCACACCCGAUGAUGCCAGUCAGAUGAGUGUACAGCAUUUGAAAUUAAUGGAAAAAAUCCGACAGGUGGCCGAAACAUUUGCCGCACACAUUAAACAAAACGACGAUAUGGAAAUGGAAACUACCCUGCCCGCAGAUCCAUACAAUAAACUUCUACCCGAAGUUCAGCGUAUUGAAUUGGUAUUGAAGUCGCAGAAAUUCUAUCGUAAUGUCAAAGAAUAUGCCAAGACCUAUCGUCUUAUACCUCUACAUCAGGAUGAGGAGUCAUUGUUUUGGCCAAUACCGCAAAACUAUAUGCCGUUGCAGAUAUUCGAAAGAUCUGACUUUGAUGUGAAUUUAACAUUCAACGACAAGGCAGAUGACAUUGAGAAUAAACCCAAACAGGAGGAAGAAGAUGAUGUGGGAGACCAUUAG